UUGUCGGCUCAGGGCUUUGAGGAAUUCUCUAUUCUUUCAUCAUACAAUUUCAUUUAACAAUUUCUUCAAAAGUUGCAAACACAUUUUCACGCGCUCGAGUAUUUUUUUCUACUGGAGAUUAUAAAUUCCAAGUCAGAAAAGAAAUUAAAUUUAUAAAUAAAUAAAACAACAAAGAAACAGAGAAAAAACCUUAAAUAUUUUGGGGUUUUUGUGAAAUCUAAAAAAGAAAGCAAACAAAGAAAGAAACAAUAAAGUUUUCGACUACAAAAAGCAGAAAAAAAGAGGAAAUACACACGUCAAGCACGCUUUUUUAUUUUUUGGCUGUUGGUGAUUUUUUUUAAUAUCGUAUGUCCAUCCAGAAUUUAAAUACAUUCGACCCCUUUGCUGAUGCAAUCAAGGGUGCUGAUGAUGAUGUUCAAGACGGACUUGUGCAUAUAAGAAUUCAGCAGCGUAAUGGUCGCAAAACAUUAACUACUGUACAAGGUUUAUCAGCCGAGUAUGACCUGAAAAAAAUUGUGCGAUCAUGUAAAAAGGAAUUUGCAUGCAAUGGCACAGUAAUUGAACAUCCCGAAUACGGAGAAGUUUUGCAACUCCAGGGAGAUCAACGUGAAAACAUUUGCCAAUGGUUGACAAAGGCUGGUUUAGCCAAGCCUGAUCAAUUAAAAGUUCACGGUUUUUAAACCUCCUCAUUACUACUACUACGACAACAACAACAACAAACAAAAACGUAUAAUAAGAACUACAACAACAACAUUUAUAGUAACAUUUGUUUAUUAUUAAAAAAACUAAAGAAGAAUAUAAAGAAGCAGCAGGUUAAAAAAAGGCAAAAGAAAAUACAACCUCAAAUAAAUAAGGACGUUUGUAGUAUUUUAGUUUAAUUUUAUAAAAAGUAAAAAAAAAUAAACUACAAAAUAACAAGAGAUUCAAAACAACAA